AAUUCUCUCACUCGGUUCUCUCCUCAGCAACGGUUUGGUUCUAACUUAAAUUCAUGGCUUAAAAAAGGGAGCGAUAAAAAGGGGAGUGAGAGUGAGAGAGGAGAUUUUUGAAGGCCAUUUUUGGGGCUAAUUUGAUGCAGAGAUGGCGAAUGUUGAGUUGUUGUUGUAUCAGAUCUUUGAGAGGGAAAAAUGGCUACUAUCUCAGCUUGAGCAGCAGCAGAAACUGUUCACUCAAGCUAUGGCCUCCUCUUUGUUUCUCAAGGGGAUUAAGCCACCUUCUUGGCUUCUUAAUGGUGAAUCAUGGACUGCCAAUAAAGAUCCAAAAGAGUUAAACAGUGAAGAUCUGAUACCAGGCCUUCUUUUCCCACCUCCAAAGCCCAAUGUGUUCUUUCCAUCCAUGAACCAUUAUGCCUAUCAAAGCAGGCCAUUUAGCAUGGCAGACCAUGGGCAAUUUACAGAAACUUGCGAUUCAAAUAGAGGUGGCUCAAAUAUCAAACAAAGCCAAGUGGAUGCCAGAACUCAACUACCAGAAAGUGAAAAUUUACAAGAACUCUCAAGAAGUGGUCCUAAAAACCCUAGGAAUUCUCCUUUUCAGAUCAUGAAAGACCCAACUUUUGACAGUUGUGUGAUACCUGAAACCCCACUGGAAAGGAUCACAAGGUCUAGAUCAAGGCAACGGGCACUGGAGAUUAGAAACAGUGUGAAUGCUAAAUCUAAGAAUCGAACCAGUGUGGCUUCUAUAGGCACAACGGGAUACACAAGUAGGAUGACUAGGUAUAGAUCAGCUCUGCAGAAGAUAGAAGGCCAGGAUAAGAGAGCAAGUUUAGCAGCAACAGAGACCCAAUUGGCCAUUCAACUACCUGAGCCUAAAGAGGGAAGGAUCACAAGGUCUAGAUCAAGGCAACGUGCCCUGGAGAUUAGAAACAGUGUGAAAGCUAAAUCCAAGAAUCAAACCAGUGUUUCUUCUACUGGCACAAUGGGAUACACUGGUAGGAUGACUCGGUAUAGAUCAGCUCUGCAGAAGAUAGAAUGCGAGGAUAAAAUAGCAAGUCUAGCAGCAACAGAAACCCAAUUGGCCAUUCAACCACCAGAGCUUAAAAAGGGGGUCUCACUUUCACAUGUGAGUAACUCUUUAAAAUCCAAACAGAAGACCCAUCAUGAUUGUUCUAUUAAUGCUGAUCAUGGAACAAAGUUUGAGGUAAUGAAACAAAUGGGAUGUGGAGCUUCACUUUCUAGGCCUGAACUGAAGAAUGAACCAGAGCUUCAAGCCCAAGGAGAAGAGGUUUCGAGGAGGAGUCUAUCCAACUCAAGUGAACCAAUUGUCUGUGGACUGGAUUACCUGGUUGAACCUAAACAAUUGGUAUUUGAUGACUUGGCGGAAUGCAGUUUGAGCCAGGCUGGCAUUCGAUUAGAGGGCCGGGAUGAAGAGAUUAAGCUUGAGGCUUCAGUUACAUUCAGUGUCAAGAGCACUUCAAGUGCUGGAAAAGAAACCCAUUCCUCUAGUAAUGCCAAUGAUGAAGAAAAAUCUAAGGUUCCAAAACCAGUAGAAUGGAGAAAUUUCUGUGAGUCUGGGCAUGAGCUGAAGAAAAAUUCAAAAUUUCAAGCUAAUGGGUCAGAGGGUUCAUGGAGGAAUAUAUCAAACCCAAAUGAACGAACUCGUAAUAAUGCAGACUUCUCAGCUGAAUCUAAACAACUGGCUUGUGCUGACUUGCACGAGUGCAGUUUGAACCAGAAUUGCUCUUUCUCAGAGGGCAGUGCGCCAGAGAUUUUGCAGUUGGGAACUCCAAACAGGAAGGUUCCAGAAGAGAUGCAGACGAUUGGGCUACAAAGAGCAGAAUCCUGGGGAGUUCCACAGAAAGAACAGUCUGAAGCAUUAUCCAAAACUGUUGAAGUCCAAGGAGCCCUGUCCAUUGAUGUUGCUGCCACACCGGCGGAUCAAAAAGUAUUUGAGUCCAAGAAGAAAGCGCCUGGUAAUGUUCAAACUUGUGCUACUGCUCCAUCGGAUCUUAAGUUUGAGGUUUUAGUUACAUCGGAGAACAUUUCAAAUAGUAGAAAGAAACGUUUUUCUGCAGCUUCUGCUAGUUCUCCGAGAGCAAAACUUGUAGUUCCCGAACCAGCGGGUUUUAGAACUUUGCGUUCCGGGUUUGAACUGAAGGAAAAAGCAGUCCUUCAAGAUAAAGGAGAUGAGAUUUAUGGUUGGAAUUUAUUUACUUCAAAUGAAGCAACUGGGCAUAGACCUGAUUCCUUGGCUGAGCAUGAACAACAGAUAUAUGGGGGCUUGGAAGCUUCUUGUUUGAACCAGGCAGGCUCCUUCUCAGAAGGUUGGGAGCAAGAGUUUGUGAAUGUGGGAUCUUUAAAGAGGAAGUUUUUAGAAGAGGAUCAAAUGAUCGGAUUACAGAGAACUGAAACCAUGGGGUCUUCCAAAAAAGUUCUGUCUGAAUUGUUACCCAAAUCUGUUGGACUCAAAGGGGUCCUGUCCUUGAAUGUUUCUGCCACAUCAGAAGAGGGUAAAUUAUCUGAAACACUGAAGAGAACUUCUUGUUCUGCUCAAAUUUUAGUAGACAAUGAAGCAUCAUGGCCUCAGUAUAAGAGAAGGAAGAGAGAGAAAGAGCGAAUGAAGGGCUUUAUAACUUCACCAAGAUUGAGAAGGUCUAGAGGGAGAGUUUUUUCACAGUUGCAGUCAGCUUGCUUGAACUUUCCAGCUAAGCUAGGAGUAGGUAAAACCCAUAUUGGGUUAUUAGUGUCCAUUGAAACAAUGGAUCGAGAUGGUGGGGGGAAGGAUCCUCCAGUAAAGGACAUGGCUGUAACGAUGGGUACUACUCUCAGCAUCUCCAGCCAUCAUUUCAUUGAAAGCGAUUUGGAGGAAAGGAGUUCCCCACAGUGUGAAAAUGGUUCCCUUGAUGCUGAUGAGGCCAUACCCGAGCUUGAAGGGUUCAGCUUUGUGGAGCCCCUGGAAAAUGGAGAGUUUGAAAUGCCGAACUCUAAAAGAGCACGAAUUAGUUCUAUCGAGCUGCGUAAUUCUACCAGCUUCCUUACCCCAUUGCCUAAAUCUCAUACACCAGAGGUUUGCCAGUCCUUACCUAAUGGGCUUUUGGAGCACAUGUACUUAAGAAAUGGAUAUGCCCAUUUGUAUAACUGUGACGAGCAAGUUUGUGAAACUGAUGAGGUGAUGCUUGACAGUAAACCAUGUGCAGCAAGGUCCACCUCAUUGGGUAGGUCUGAUCCUUAUCGUAUUUCAUCUUCAAGUUCACGAUUCGGGUGGAAUGUCAAGAGCCCAGCUUCUUCCACUCCUUCAGUUGGAAGAAUUUCUAGUAAAGACCUUUCUAUGUCCAUAAGUAAAAGCGCAGAAAGAAUAGUUGGUAUGAAACCUUCUACGUGUUUUAGAAUUGAAGAAGAAACCAGUACUGGUGAACAGGAUGUUCAAGUUGUUGAGGAUUCGGAGAGAACCCAUAAACGGAUUAAGUCAAGAGAGAGAAAGGAUUCAAGUGAUCGUAAGCCACUUCAAGAUAUUACAUCAAUAUCUUGUAAUUCUUCAAUUUUGACCCCGGCAGCGAAGUGUUUUGGCAGAUUUUGUGUGGACUUUGUUGAUAGGGGAUCUAACUUUAUUGGGCAGCAAAUGGAGGAGAACCAAGAGCUCAGGAAGGGUAAAGACGGUCAUAAGAAAAUCUCUAUAGCAGACAAGGAGAACACAAACUCUUUGCAACAUAGAUAUAGCACACGGAAUUCCUCAAGCAUCUUGCAAAAUGAGUCUGGUAAGUCAAAAUUGGCAACUCGCUCAAGUGAAGGAAUAGGAAGUGAGAUUUUACAAGAAAAGCAUAGUAAGCGUAACAAUAUUGUAUCAAGCAUCUCCUCGUUUAUUUCACUUGUCCAGCAAAAGCAAACAGCACCUGCAAUUUUGACAGGUAAGAGGGACAUUAAAGUGAAGGCUCUAGAGGCUGCUGAGGCUGCAAAAAGGUUGGAAGAACAGAAGGAGAAUGAGCGUAAAUUGAGGAAAGAAGCUGCUAGGCUAGAAAGGACAAAGAUUGAGCAGGAGAAUCUCAAAACAAAGGAGGAGAAACUGAAGAAGCUUGAGGAGGAUAGGAAGAGGAGGGAAGCUGAAGCAGCUGCCAAAAAACGACAGAGAGAAGAAGAUGAAAGGAGAGAAAGAGAGAGAAAACGGAAGUGCAUUGAAGAUGCUCAGAGGCAGAGGAGAGAAUUUGAAGAGAGGUUGCGGUUAGAAAAAGAGGACAAGGAGCAAAAACGCAAAGCUAUGGAAGAGAAGGAACACAAAAGAAAAGAAUUGGCUGCAGGGGCAAAGAAACGACAGAGGAUGGAAAAGGAAAGAGAAAUGACCGCUCGCAAGAAGAGGGAACUGGAAACUAAGGGUAGAAAGACUUCAAAAGUAGACAGCAGGCAUACAAGUAGUGUAUCUGGGAAUCUCAACUUUUUCCUUGAGCCGCCUGGCAUUGGAGAGAUCGCAACUACUUUAAAUGGUUUAGGUACUACGAGUAAGGAUGACACUUUUAACAAAGAAGAACUGAAUGUUUCCGCGUCAUAUGAGAUCACACCUUACAAGGACUCAGACUGUGAAGAAGAUGAUGAAGAAGAAGAAGACAAUUAUCCAAGGAAACAUAUACCCUCUUGGGCCAGGAAAGAGAACGUGAAUCUGAUGGUUAUCAAACAGCAGAAUACAGACCCAGAUAAAAUAUUUCUUCGUGCUAAAUGUGGGGAUUUGAGUGAAGUUUAUGGGAGUCGUCGGAUCAGCACUUGGAGUGAAUUCAGUGAUCAUGAUGAAGAUGGUGAUUACUGAGCAGAAGCAAGAGCAGUUAUAAAAGUUCAUGAUGCAAGUUGACAAUGCUGGGUAAUAUGCCAUUUUUGGCCUAUCGUAGGAAUUUCGUUGAUAAGCAAGCUUUUUUGUACUAGCAAGAUGAGGGCUUGAAGACUGAUCGUUGUAUUUCCCUUGGUAAUAUUAUCUUGCGCAGAAUGUCAGGUCAGUUUUGUAAAUCUGUUACUGUUAUUAAAAUUUCCAUUAAUGGCAAAGCUGGCCCUUGUUUGUCACUCAAAGAGCUAUUAAGGGUUCCACUUACUCCAUAACAA